AUGAGUACGUCUGAAAACGAAGAUCAUGCAGAGGUUUCCGACAUCGAACCCACUGCAGCGGCUAGAAAACGCUUGAGGGAUAGGUCAAAGGAGGUGUUGUCCAAACAAGCGGUUAAGAUCGCAAAACGCGCUGAAGAACAUGAAAGUUUCAUCAACAAGGUUACUCAUUUGUUGAAUGUUCUUGGGUUUGGUGGGUUUUGUUUCCUCUUAGGGGCAAGGCCUCAAGAUGUACCUUUAGUUUAUUGUUUGUUCUAUGUUGUGUUUGUUCCUCUUCGUUGGAUAUACUAUAGGUUCAAGAAAUGGCAUUACUAUCUCCUGGACUUUUGCUAUUAUGCGAAUACAAUUUUCUUGGUUUACCUUCUCUUUUAUCCAAAGAAUGAAAAGCUUUUUCUGGUUUGCUUUUCAUUUGCUGAGGGGCCGUUAGCUUGGGCUUUGAUUGUUUGGCGUUGCAGUUUGGUGUUCAGUUCUGUUGACAAAAUCGUUAGUGUUCUUAUCCAUCUUUUACCUGGAUUGGUUUUCUUUACCAUUCGAUGGUGGAAUCCCGAGACCCUAGAAGCCAUGCGACCAGAGGGAGCUUCCGCAAGAGUUACAUGGCCUUAUAUCGAAGAUAAAUCCUAUCUCUGUACAUGGCUGUUUUUCGUUCCUUUAGUAGUUUACACCUUGUGGCAGGUUCUUUACUUCCUCAUUGUCAACGUCUUACGACGACAACGAUUCUUAAGAGAUCCUGAAGUCAUGACUUCCUACAGGGAACUUUCUAAAAAAGCUCAGAAAGCAAACAACAUGUGGUGGCGCCUAAGCAGUUUGCUCGGCGAUCAAAACCGCUUGUUAAUGUUCAUUCUUCUACAAGGAAUGUUUACGGUAGCAACAAUGGCGCUGACCGUUCCGAUAUUCUUGUCGUACGAGUUGUCAAUGAUUUUCCAAUUACUGAAAGUUUCUGCAUCAGUGUGGAAUGGGGCUGGCUUUCUAUUAGAGGUAAUGCCAAGGCAGGUAAUUCUCAAGGAGAAAAAGAAAUCAGAGAUGCAAACUGUUCCAAUUCAGAAUGAUCAAUCAUAG